AGGUGUCUUACCAAAGUCGUCUUAAGGUAACAGUCACCUUGGAAGCUGGCGCCUCUUGUUUAACAACCGAACUAAAGAACCAAGUAAAAAAAGUGCACUUCAAAACAAAUUUUUAAUAGUUUUUGUUUUUUUUUGUGCGUGUGUGUUUGUCACCGAAAGAUGGCUCCGCUGUGGUCAGUGCUCUUAUCGUUUCUCCUGUUCAUCAUCGCGUACACCUGGCUCCGUCGCUCUCGUAACUUGCCUCCAGGUCCUUGGAACCUACCUGUGAUCGGUUAUUUGGCCUGGUUGAACCCUCAGUUUCCUUACCUGACUCUAACUUCUCUCUCUAAAAAGUACGGUCCCAUCUACGGCCUCUAUCUGGGCAGUAUCUACACCGUGGUGAUCUCCGACGCCAAACUCAUCAAGAAAACCUUCAACAAAGACGCAUCCUCAGGCCGUGCGCCCUUGCACCUGACCCAUGGCAUAAUGAAGGGUUUCGGCCUGAUUUGCGCACAAGGCGACUUAUGGAAAGAUCAACGCAAAUUCGUCCACAACACCUUACGAACUCUUGGUGCUUCCAAAGUGAGUCCAAACCGACCCACCAUGGAAGCCCUAAUCCUGCACCACGUCUCAGACCUUGUCCAACACAUUAAAAGCCUCGGUGAAUCCGUCACUCUGGACCCUCUUGACUCGCUCCGCCAUAGCCUUGGCUCGGCCAUCAACCAAAUGGUGUUCGGUAAGUGUUGGUCACGAGACGAUGCCACUUGGAAGUGGCUGCAACAUCUUCAGGAAGAGGGGACGAAACACAUUGGGGUUGCCGGGCCUUUGAAUUUUUUGCCGCUUUUAAGGUUUUUGCCAAAGUCAAAACAAACAAUAAAUUUCUUAACCGAGGGAAUCCGAGACACCCACCAAAUAUAUCGCGAAAUAAUCGAAGAGCAAAAAAAUUCGUCUAACGAAACUGUUAGUAAUGUCAUCCAAGCGUUUCUUGCUGAGAAAGAGAAACGAAAAAAUGAAGACAGUGUUAAGUUCUACAACGACCAACAAUUUCAUUACUUGUUGGCUGAUAUUUUCGGGGCCAGUUUGGACACGACUUUGACCACGUUACGGUGGUACGUGCUGUACAUGGCAGUGCACCAAGACGUCCAGAAAAAAGUGCGAUCACUUUUAAAUGAUCUAACACUUGAACAAAUCGCAAUGGUGCCAUAUUUUGAAGCAACUAUUGCUGAAGUUCAGAGAAUUCGACCGGUCGUACCUGUGGGUAUUCCACACGGAAGUGUGGAAGAGCUGGAAAUUGCUCAGUAUAAGGUUCCACCAGGUACCAUGAUAGUACCAUUACAAUGGGCAGUUCAUAUGGAUGCGAAUAUUUGGGACGAACCUGAAGUGUUCAAACCUGAACGGUUUAUCAACGAAGAAGGGAAGUUUUUCAAACCGGAAGCUUUUAUUCCGUUUCAAGCGGGUAAAAGAAUGUGUGUCGGUGAUGAAUUGGCUCGAAUGUUCCUCUACCUCUUUGGUGCAGCUUUGGUAAAAAAUUUCGCCAUCAGUUGUAUGGGAGAAGUUGAUUUGACUGGAGAUUGUGGCAUUACACUAACUCCGAAACCUCACGAAUUGAUUUUUACAAGUUUGUAA